CACUCCCCCCCUCCUGGAGCUCCGGGCUCCCUUUCUUUCCUUCCUUCCUGCUUUCCUCCAGGAGAAACAUGGCUGGGAAGAGAGAGGAGGCGCGAGACAACGGGCGUGGGGUCGUGAUUUCUGAUGACUGGCCAGGCUAUCACUUGGAUUUAUUCACUUACCCACAGCACUAUUGUGGAGAUUUGAACCGCGUGCUUAUACCCCAUGGUGUCAUUGUGGACAGAACUGAGAAGUUGGCAAAGGAUAUCAUGAAUGAUAUUGGAUUCUGUGACAUCGUGGUUCUGUGUGUGCUUAAAGGAAGCUACAAAUUCUGUGCUGACCUUGUGGAGAAUCUAAAGAAUAUCAGUCGAAAUUCAGAUACAUUUGUCUCAAUGAAGGUUGACUUCAUCAGACUAAAGAGUUACCAGAAUGACCAAUCCAUGGGUGAUAUGCAGAUAAGCGGAGGGGAUGAUCUUUCUAAACUAUCUGGCAAGAAUGUACUCAUUGUGGAGGAUAUUGUUGCAACUGGGAGGACCAUGAAAUCUCUGCUUGGCAAAAUAGAAAAAUACAAGCCCAACAUGAUUAAGGUAGUGAGUUUGUUGGUGAAAAGAACCCCGAGAAGUGACGGCUUUCGACCUGACUAUACUGGAUUUGAGAUUCCAGAUUUAUUUGUGGUGGGCUAUGCCUUAGACUACAAUGAAUACUUCAGAGAUCUCAAUCAUAUAUGCGUGAUCAGUGAACAAGGCAAAGGGAAAUAUCGAGUCUAAAGAAGUACGUUCUCACUACCUGAAAAUUUGUGAAUUUCCUCAAUUCCCUAAUUAUCUUUGCUUUUGACUACAAUCAAGAAGCCAGUUUGUAUGUUUGUGAAAGUCGGCUCUGCAGGCAUCUUCAUGGAUUAGGACAUUAAAAAAGUGGUUUCAUCUGAAAGCAUUCUUUUCAGGGCUCGUGACAUCUUCAUCAUGAAAUACACAGCUUGCCUUUUUCUUAAUUUGUUCCAAAUCAAACACUCCACCUGGUGACUCAUGCUACCUUCAUACUCCCAUGCUACACAUUUUUUGGUCUGGAGAGUCCUUUGUGCUCACUACUUUUCCCUGAAAUUCCCCAUCCCCCUUCUCAUUCCUCAAUGGUUUAUUUUUGGUUUAUGUUAUUUUUUGCCUAAUAAUUACUUGACUUUUUUUUCCUUUUGGUCACAAACUGAGAGCUGAAUCGUUUUGUCUGAGAUCUGAGCCCACACAACUGAGAUGCACACAUGUUCCUGUGCCCAAAAGGAAGGGAGGGGGGAAGGCAGUUUAAUAUAUAUUUAUGUGUUUGCACAUUUCUGACAGCCCAUUAUCAUUUGCUUUGUCAAAACCUUUCAGAACCUCAGGGUAUGCUGAAUCUUAAUGACACUAUGAAAUGAGCCUUUACAUGGUACUCUUGAUUUGAGCUUCCAGGACGUGACUGUGACAUGUUGAGUAUGCACAGACGUGCUCAACUGUGUUUAAUACACUGAAUUUUAAUUAGAAAAAAACACAAUGCCGGGAAGGCUUUCAUUUUUAAGCUAUGUCCCUUGAUUUGAGUGGUCCCUGAGCAAAUGACUAGAUCUGGAAUAGGGAGGACAGCUCCUUUCACAUAUAUAUUCCCAUGCUUGGAGCUAAUCAAGUAGAAGUCUGUGCUUAUGUUGAAAUUAUUCCAAUGCUACUUUCAAUUUUCCUCUCUUUUAUGUCCGAGGGUGUUUCUCUGGUUCCUCCCCCACCUCCACCCCCCAACACAUACACUGUCAUAAAUGUGAAUACAAGAAUAAAAGAAAUUCUCUUGUGCAAACGGUACAACAAGCAAGGGAUCACAAAGGGGAACUGACUUCACAACUUCGCCAUUUUUACAAGAUCUUUUCCUAAUUUACAAGGGAGUUUAAUGGAAAAUAAGCUUUGGAGUGCCAAUAGGUCUUACCCUGCUCUCCUUCACUUCCUGAAAGAAGCUGUCUCAGCACAAAUAACUGAGUAGCCUUUGCUUUGUUCAGAACCCUAUGGGGCAUAUUAUUGUUAAGCUCCAGCUUCUUUUAAACUAAUAAAGAAUAAGAAAACUUGUUAAAUUUC